CUACACUGUUUGCGCCAUCGUGUGGUGAAAGUGCAACCCAGACACUGCCACUCAGGCAUUAAGAGUGUAAUCUUUUGAUCUUCUAAAGUCGCCUGUCUUAACAUGCCCCCAGCAAGAUUGUGUUUAAGAUUAACUCUGAAGAAAAUGAAGUAUUUUCUCAUGAAAUUAUGCAAGCUACUUUGUUUUGUUCUGACUUUGCCUGUACGUCUAAUGGAAAUCAUAGGCGUGUACGGUAUGUACAAACGUCUGUUUCCCUUGCUUGCCUACAAUAUAACAUUUUCAUACAACGACAAAAUGCACAAAACAAAGAGGGAGCUUUUCCGAAACGUGGGCAAAUUUGCAAACACCGACGGUACUCUUCGUCUGCUGGAGAUCGGCUGCGGCAGCGGGGCAAACUUCAAGUUUUACCCCUACGGCUGCACGGUAAUCUGCACUGACCCCAACCCGCACUUCGAGAAGUACCUGCGGAGGAGCAUGGACGCAAACGCGCAUUUAACUUAUGACGAGUUUCUAGUCGUCUCUGGAGAGGACAUGAAGGGAGUGAAGGACGAGUCAGUAGACGUGGUAGUCUGCACCUUGGUUCUCUGUUCUGUCAGCAACGUGCCGUCGGUGCUGAGAGAGGUCCGACGCAUUCUCAAAACAGGUGGAGCAUUUUACUUUUUGGAACACGUUGUCUCAGAUCCCUCCUCCUGGACAUACUUCUUCCAGCACAUGCUUGAGCCUCUGUGGUACUAUCUUGGGGAUGGAUGCAUGAUUACCAGAGAAACGUGGAAAGAUCUAGAGGCAGCUGGUUUCUCUGAAAUUUAUCUUAAACACAUUGAGGCUCCAGAGGUUACUCUCAUGAUAAGACCACACAUCAUGGGAUAUUCCAUUAAAUGACUGCAGGGGAGAAUGGGGUAACUUUAUUGAUGACAUUUUCUGCACCCAUUUGUAUAAGAUCUGCUUACAUUUUCAUGGAACAAAAAUGACACUUGUCACACUGCCUUUUUUGAGUGAAAAUAUAUUUAUUUACUUACAGAAUCAGCAACAUUUAAUACACCGUUUGUUCUUCUUCCCCAUCCCUCCCAAGAUGUACAUAAUAAAUAUUACCUGGA